AUGCCAGAAGUUGCCGAAAACUGGGACGUGACGAGCCGAACUAUUCACCAGUACAAGUCACCCGUCCAAAACGUAGUAUGGUCUCAUGACGGACAAUACGUUGCCGUCCCCACCUUUUAUGAGGUCGACAUCUGGAAUGUUACUUCUGGAGUUUUAUUGGAAAGGAAUACUGACAUGAGGUACAUCAAUUGUAUGACUUUCACAAACCGUGGCAUGCUUAUCAUUGGUCUCAGUUAUGAUGGCAUCCUCCUGUGGGAUUGGGUGGCGGGCCUAGAAACCACGUUUUCCAUUGGACACGGUUUCUCUGAAGUUCUUACCGUGUCGGCAGCAACAACUGGCAAAGUCUUGUGUUUACUGAGCGAUGGGAACGUCUGUCUGAUGAGCGAGACCUUUGAUAUCAUUCACACUUGGUAUACCUGUUGGCAACCCUCUGCGGGAGAUACGAAAAGAACGCGGUCGAAUCUUCACCUUUAUUACCUGGGCCGAGUUCAUUUCACACGCAACGGGAAGACCAUGGCUGUAAUCGACAACGAGCAGUCAAAUUCUAUUCCUGUCCACGAUGCGGAGUCAGGCGCGCUCAUCCAAAGUCUUUCGUCCCCAGAAGGACAGAUGUUCUAUGAGGUCACAGCAUCUGACGAAGGCCUUCUAAUAGCAACGGGUGGUUCAGUUUCACCUCUAGGAGAACGGCCCGACUGGUCUGAUGUCAUCAUGGAGGCCUUCAUUUGGGAUUUGAACGGGACGAACGCUUCAGCAUCGCAUUCUUCGCCACGUGUAAUCAGCUCAGUCCACUGGUAA